CAUUCACUCUCAGACUGAAUUCAGAGUGGCAUCUACAGAGGCCAUCAAACCUUCACGUUUAGAUGAAUUAACAGCACGCGCAGGACCAAGGCUGUCAUUUAGACUCGCUUUACUGGCGGGACCGCGCGUGCCUCAUCUUUACCUGAUGCUGCGUAAAAGUGGACCGUGGAAACCGCUGGACGCGCUCAGAAGAGGAUACCGCUCAGUGUGAUUUUGCUGCCACUACAUAAGCUAUCGUGAGCACUUGCGCGGAGGCAAGAACUGUUGAUCCGGACAGACCUGCUUCUCAUCCAAAUGGAUGCGCAAUGAUGGAUUAAUCGCUUUUCGAUGCAACUUUUCAGCGCAGUGCCCUGACUCACAACUCCUCCUGAGGAUUUUAUCCCAGCAACCUUUACCUGAUUUGAUCCUCUCUUCCUCUCAAGAUGUCAUCGGAGUAUUUGAUAAGGUCACUGCUUAUGCUCUUUCUAGCGCUCUUCUCCGCCAAUGCGAGCAACUGGCUAUACCUGGCAAAGCUGUCAUCGGUGGGGAGCAUCUCUGAUGAAGAAACCUGUGAGAAGCUCAGAGGACUCAUCCAGAGGCAGGUUCAGAUCUGCAAGCGUAACGUGGAGGUGAUGGACGCGGUCCGCAGGGGUGCCCAGCUCGCCAUCGACGAGUGCCAGUUUCAGUUCCGCAACCGACGCUGGAACUGCUCGACGCUAGAGAGUGUUCCUGUGUUCGGGAAAGUGGUCACACAAGGCACCAGAGAAGCUGCGUUUGUGUACGCCAUAUCUGCUGCUAGCGUAGCCUUCGCAGUGACCAGAGCCUGCAGCAGUGGGGAGCUGGACAAGUGUGGCUGUGACCGUAAUGUGCACGGUGUCAGUCCAGAAGGUUUCCAAUGGUCAGGAUGCUCAGAUAAUAUUGCAUAUGGGGUUGCUUUUUCCCAAUCCUUUGUGGACAUCAGGGAACGAAGUAAAGGACAGUCCUCCAACAGAGCCCUAAUGAACCUCCAUAACAAUGAGGCAGGGAGGAAGGCGAUUCUGAACCACAUGCGAGUGGAAUGCAAGUGCCACGGCGUUUCGGGCUCCUGCGAGGUGAAGACCUGCUGGAAAGCAAUGCCGCCGUUCCGCAAAGUGGGCAACGUCAUCAAGGAGAAAUUCGACGGCGCUACAGAAGUGGAGCUGCGUAAAGUGGGCACCACCAAGGUCCUGGUUCCACGAAACUCGCAGUUCAAGCCGCACACGGACGAAGAUCUGGUGUACCUGGACCCGAGCCCAGACUUCUGCGAGCACGACCCCAGAACGCCGGGCAUACUGGGAACCGCAGGGCGCUUUUGCAACAAGACCUCGAAGGCCAUCGACGGCUGCGAGCUCAUGUGCUGCGGUCGCGGAUUCCACACGGAGGAGGUGGAGGUGGUCGACCGCUGCAGCUGCAAGUUCCACUGGUGCUGCUACGUCAAGUGCAAACAGUGUCGCAAGAUGGUAGAGAUGCACACGUGUCGGUGAUCCCCUCAACACUUCCCUACAUGCACAGGGAAACUAGGCAAAUACACAAAAGGGAAGACAGAGACAUUCCCAGGCAUUUCAUGCACCGAUAGAGGAACAUGUCAUACAUGAGACUUUAAAAUAUAGGGGCAAAUAUAUCUGACGUCCCAAUUGAGAGUAUUUUUCUCUCUCCUCGUUCUGUUUUUUAAUUGCAGUUGCUCUCUUAUUUUUAUAUAUAUAUAUAUAUGUAUAUUUUUUAACUUAUUGCAAUCGAAUAGAGAGUGAAUUUUUAAUGUGACGUGCACCAGAGGAGUGCCAUUGGGAAUGGGUUUACUGACAGACAUUGACCCGGCGGGAUCAGGGGCACAUGAAUAUGGAGAAAGGUCAACGUUUUAAAGCCUUUUCAUCGUUAAUGCUGCUUUAGGGUUUCAUCUUGAAAGAUGGACUAACCGAACUAUCGAACAUUACGUGCUGAGAUGCAGUCCGGGCGUACGUGUACUUUCCAUACCCGUGGCCAUUCGUUCCUGUGAUGCUGCUUGAAUUCAAGAAUCACCGAUAGCGUAUACAGCUGAGUGUUAAGGCCAGAACACACCAAGCCGACGCCGACGAACUAGUGGCGACGAAAGCAUACUGCAGGGUUGGCUCACGUUGGCAGCGUCUGGGUCCAAAGUUGGCCUGACACACCAAACCGAUGCUCGACA